AUGUGCCAGCCUUAUUUCCCGGGCGAAUUCUUCAUCACGGUGUUCAGUGAUGGCCGAGGUUACUAUAUUAGGAUUUGGGUAAAGACUGGUUGCCAGAAGCGACCACCUUGGUGGGGAGAACAGCAACGCUUCAGCAAGAGAGGAGCAGAGGUGAAACAGGACAAGGCUGCGUGGAGACCAUCUGUCUGGGAAUACUGUCCCCAUGGAGCACAAAGACAGGUGGAAUUCCAAGUGGAAAAGCCAGUGGAAAGAUUACACUGUGAAAGGCCAACAAGAGGUCGUGGUGGAGGACGAGGUGGAAUGCGAGGUAGAGGAAGAGGUGGUAGAAUAAACAGAAGUUUUGGUGGCUUUGACCAAAGAGGAAAAUGUGAAUUUGAAAGACAGAGGGGGAAUGACAAAAGUGGGAUGGAACAGGCUGCACCUAUGGAAGAGACUGUAGAAACUGCUGAACAGCCAGGGACAUCUGAAGGAGACCCUCUGAGCAAAGCUGCUGAAGCAGAGCCAGUGGAAGAAGUAGUUCAAGAAAUGACAUUAGAUGAGUGGAAAAGUCUUCAGCAACAGAAUCGACCAAAGCCUGAAUUCAACGUCCGGAAGCCAGAAUCCACUGUUCCUUCCAAAGCAGUGGUGAUUCACAAGUCAAAAUAUAGCCAUGAUUUGCAGAAAGAAACCUUUGAAUAUGAUUCUCCUGUCUUUCGAAAGCUGGUGAAUGACAUCACAUCUCAGCUGGAUAUUAAUUUUGGGAGCCUUCCUCGCCCUGGCUGUGGAUCAAGAGGGGCACGAGGUGGUCGUGGCGGAAGAGUUGGAGAGAUCAGACCUCAAUCAAAAGCAGUGGUGCAGCCUGUGGCUCCAAAUCCUGAUGAUCCCGAGGAUUUUCCAGCUUUGGCUUGAAGAACCACCAGGAAUGGUGGCCUCCCAAAGUAGCUUUGGAGUAGCUGUGAAGAGACCAGUUUUAUGCUGGGUGGGGAUAAAGGAAGCCUAUUUCCUUGUGGGAAAGUUGUUUAGGUGUUCAGUGUGAAAUGAUUGCAGCUGUCUGCUAAUAGAGGUGGGUCCUAGAAAUAUGGGUGAUCUGGGAUCCUGUUGCAGGUCCCAGUGUCUCCUUUGUGAGAGCUGUGGGAAGGCUCCCAGGACUUCACUACCAGGCUUCAAAUGAAGUUAAAGGGAACAGUGUUUUUACAAAAUGUGUAUAUAUAGAGAUUCUAUCAAGUUCUCCAUACCACCAUGGUGAAAUGUGAACUGUACAAUUGAGACUCUUUCACUGUACAUUUGAAAGCUGAUUUUUUUGAGUGAAGUGUAUAUUUCAGACAGUCACAAGCUGCAGUUCUUCUUAGCUUGGCAAAUAAAAGAAAGUGCUCAUUG